AUGUCUAUGCCGAAACUUGUCAAGUGUCCUCCCUGCCGAGCGUUCACGCCACGCCUGGUGCAGACGUACAAGGACCUCAAGAAGAGGGCGGGAAGCGACGACGUCGAGUUUUUGUUCGUGAGCUCCGACAAAGACCAGGCGCAGUUCGACGAUUACUUCCGGGAGAUGCCGUGGGCCGCGAUCCCUUUCGGCGACGUCAACCGGAGAAGGGCGCUCGCCACGCGGUUGGGGGUACGAGGCAUCCCAACCCUGACCACCAUCGACCGGGACGGCGUGGUGAUCAACCAGACAGCUAAGGGGGCAGCGAUCGCUGACGCAAAGGGUCUGGAGUUCCCGUGGUGGCCGAAGGCCGUGGAAGACCUGUCGGUGAACAGCCAGAGUAACGGCUUCCACGUGCAGGAGAUGCCGUCGCUCAUCGUCUUCAUGGAGGCCUGCGACGACGUAGAUCAAAAGGAGGUGGAAGAAGCCCUGCUGCCGAUCGCCACGGCGGAGGCGGAGGCUGCGAAGGCCAACGGUGGCCAACCAGUGUUGAUAUUCUUCACGGUCAAGUCGGAGGCCAGCUUGCCGACACAAGUCCGCAACGUGUGCGACCUCAAGACGGUACCCGAUUCGCCCCAGGUACCGGCCAGUGCGAUGUGCUUCUCCUAA